UUUUUCUUGUCUUGUUUCUUAGUCUCACCUCAAGGUCCAUUUUGUGGCUGUUCAUGAGCUUCCUAACAUAUUACACUAUCUUCAUCAUAUUUCACAUGUAUCUUUAAACUGUGCGACAGGGACUUUGAAUUGGGAGGAAAAUGGGUAACAUAUGCAUCUACAGUCACACCAGGACCACAAAGAUGGUUCCUCAUAUAUAUAUAUGAUGCUUCAUUGUGGUUUAUCAUGUCAUUGUUACUAUUUUCUCCCUUGAUUUGCUCCUGUGCUGUUAUUUAUUAUGACUGAGUGUUAUGUCAUUAUAGUUGAUAAUAUGCUUAUGAGUGCUAUCAGUGUUCUGUGAUAUAUUGUCUUAUUGGGGAUUUUGUUAUACAACAGUUGCAGGCGUUAAAGGGCAUGCCUUAAUCUAAAAAAGUAUACAUUUCUCAGUGGGAAGUCUGCAAAUCUGCUCAAUUGAAUGGACGUUAAUAUUUAUCAGCUAAAUCUCGCGAGAUUUGGAUGUAGCUUCGCCCCUCCCUGUGCAGUCAUUGGUCCCUCCCUCGUUCUACUUCUGACUGAGCAUGUGUGUAUGUGCCGCUUAGCUGUUAGCAUUUAGAGAUGGCCGCAGACAAGCAAAACGACGCUAAAGUGUCCUCCCUAGAUGAAAAUAAAAAAAAAUCAUCGGAUGGAGGACUUGGACUGGAAAUUUUGCAAAUAAUCAAGGAGUCCCAACAGCAGCAUGGCCUCAGACACGGAGACUACCAGAGAUACAGGGGUUACUGCUCCCGCAGACUGCGUCGCCUGCGCAAGACUCUUGGCUUCAGGAUGGGCAACAGACACAAGUUCAUCGGGAAGAAAAUAACUGUUGAGAUGCUUUCUGACAGCAGGUAUCUGUUGCUAGUUUUGAUGGAGGCAGAGCGCGCAUGGAGUUACGCCAUGCAGCUAAAGCAGGAGGCCAACACAGAGCCACGUAAGCGCUUCCACCUGCUGUCACGACUACGCAAAGCUGCCAAGCACAGCGAGAAGCUAGAGAAGCUCUGUGAGAGUCCCCGUGUCGACGCCAAGACCAAACUUGAGGCACAGGCCUACACUGCAUACCUGACAGGAAUGGUGGAGUUUGAACUGCAGGAGUGGAAGCUUGCCAUGGAGGCCUUCAACAAGUGCAAGACCAUCUAUGAGAAGCUGGCCAGUGCUUUCACUGAGGAGCUGGCAGUUCUGUAUCGCCAGCGUGUGGACGAGAUAUCGCCCAACAUCCGCUACUGUGCCUACAACAUUGGUGACCAAAACGCCAUCAAUGACUUGAUGCAGAUGAGACUGACUGGUGCAGGAGGAGGCAUGAUGGCUGAGAAACUAGAGGCCCUGAUCACUCAGGCAAGAACCAAGCAGGCGGCCACCAUGAGUGAGGUGGAGUGGCGAGGGCGGUCGGUGCCCGUCAAGAUCGACAAGGCCCGCAUCUUCCUGUUGGGUCUGGAAGACAAUGAGGCCGCAAUCGCUCAGACAGCAAACGAGGAGACCAAAGAGCAUCUGUACGAGACGCUGCUGGCCGAGUGCAGGGACACCAUCCAGGCUGUGAGAGAGGAACUCAAGAGUGAGGCGAAGCAGCGAGAGAGGAGCCCUGAAGGUGACAGCGGCAAGGUGUCCAACUUGCAGUUCCUGCACAGUUACCUGACCUACAUCAAGCUGUGUACGUUGGUGAAGAGGAAUGAGAGCAUGGCCCACACUCUGCAGGCUAAACUGAAGGAACCCGAAGCCGACGAGGACAAGAGAGGGCCCCGUCCACAAGACCUCAUCCGCCUCUACGACAUCAUCCUGCAGAGUCUGGCUGAGCUCUCCACCCUACAGGGCCUAGAGGAUGACCACACCUUCCAGAAGGAAGUGUCCCUGAAGACGCUCGUCUACAAGGCCUACAGGUGUUUCUUCAUAGCCCAGUCGUAUGUGCUGGUGAAGAAGUGGAGUGAGGCCCUGGUGCUGUAUGAGAGGGUGCUGAAAUACGCCACGGAGGUCCAAUCUAAGGCCAAGAACCUCAACAACAGCCUCAAGGAUCUCCCUGACGUUCAGGAGCUCAUUGCAGAGGUCAACGCUGAAAAAUACUCUCUUCAAGCUGCUGCUAUUUUAGACACUGAUGAGACUGCUGACGUUUCCUCUCAGCAGCAGGUCAAAGACAACACGCCCCUCUGCAACCGCCUGGAGACCUUCCGCCUCGACCCCACCCUCGUAGGAAAGCAGCCCAAUUUGGUCCAGUUCCCUCCCGACUUCCAGCCAAUCCCCUGCAAGCCCCUGUUCUUUGACCUUGCUCUCAACCACGUGGCCUUCCCUCCCCUGGAUGAGAAGGUGGAGCAAAAGGGAAAGGGCGGCCUCACCGGCUACAUCAAGGGCAUUUUUGGCUUUGGCAGCUAAAUCAAUCUCUAAGGCUUUGGUUUCCACAGGAGAGCCACAAGCUCCACGAGCUCCCCGAGUUUACCACAAACAACCAGACUUGGGUCAGUUGUUAGUUAGAAUAAUUUAAAUUACUUUUAUGUCUUAUUUUUAGUGCCUAAGUGCAAGAUGGGCGGAGUUUUCUGUUCUGGGGAAGGCGAGUCUAAUCUUCCUAGAAAGAUAAUGGAAAAGUAAUCAAAUCAACUUCAAGUAGCAAUAUGACCCAAGUUCACCUGCCACCUUUAGUAAUAACAUCCGGCUGCAGGGGUUCCUAGCAUACAAGCUCCCUCCUUAAUUUGAGCUGCGGAGGUUUUACUUUCAGGUUUUACAGGUGACCAUGCCAUCACCUCUCAGUACAGCCAAGUUGUAAAUCUCACAAUCCUGUCAAUGUUAACUAAGCCACUUAGGCAUCAUCAGUAGUUAUUCUUUUCUUUUUUUAGUGUUUAUGUAAGCGCCUUCAUGUCACUUUCUUUUCUUCAUGUGAGGUGUUUUCACAUCGUUUCUUAAACAUAUAAUUAAGAAUGUGCAGUUUUGUUCUGGCAGCUACUACAAAGUAGUGCUCAUAAAAUACCUUAAAUAUCCUGCGACAAACUGAAGCUGGUUUAUCAGUCAUCAUGGUUUCAGAAGACUUCCGCUGCGUCCUAUUUCUUCCCUCCACCUUUGCUCUGGUCUCUCGUGCUUUAGGAUUCAAAACUUCACCUCAUAAAUUGACGAGUGAGUCGAGAAAAAUUUGGAUAAAGUUUUAGGUGCAUCAACAGGAGGAUGAAAGGCAAAGCCAUUAAUCAAAGUGUGAAAUGUUGUUUUUCCUAAAUGCUGGAUGGUUCAGUGUUUUUAAUGUGUCAACUACAACCUACACGGGUCAUACUGUAUAUGUUGUCCUCUAUGACAUUUGGCACUAAGCUUGCCGUGGUGUUAGAGAAGGGUCCAACGGCUUCAGUCCGUCUUGCUGGAAGCACAAGCCGCAAUUUUGAACACCCCUCAGUGUCUCGUGUUUUCUACAAAAGGGCCUGCUGGCUGAUGACCGUAUGGUACCAGUAGAGCUCUUCAGACUGUAAUUAUUUCAUGUAACGUUUUUAUUUCGGCAAAAUCAAUGUCGUAGGACGGCAGUCGACAUUAAGGAAUGGGGGGAGUUUUUAGCAGCCUUUCAUUCAUUACACCACCACGCCUGUUUGUCCAUCAUAAGUAGGACUAAAAUGUUUAUCACCAAUGACAUGUCUAUGAACUGUGACUAUAACAACCUUUUGUUAUUCAUUGUUUGUCACAAUGUCCACUUCAUUUCCUCUGGUCCUUAAGGGACUGGGUUUGCCUGGUUAAACACUAGCUAGAGGAUUGUUUGUGUCACUCUCCCACUCGAACAUUUAACUGUUUUGCUUACUAAUUUUUAUCAAUGUCUUUGGUUUCAAUUUUUGUUUUUUUCCCCUCUAAUGUUUUAUGUUAAAGAAUUAAGUCGGAUGUGCUGGAAUAGUUCCAGCACUUUUACAGUUUAUCACCAUCAAUAAUUGUUGGAAACAAAAGUGCAAAGAGAAAUGAACUGAUGAGAAUGUAUGAUUUGAUUUAAUUUCCAGGCCUAUUAUUAAAAUAUAUUUGCGCCAAA